AUGCAACAGGCCUCCUCGCCUGUCCUCCAGCAGCUCCGGUCACUGCACCCUGGUGCCCUUCAAACGCUCCACCAGUCGCCAGACGGGACGCUAUAUCCCCAUAAUCAAGUCCUACCGGAGCUUCAGAACCUCCACACGAGCGAUGUAUACCAACAGCAAUAUGCCCUAAGCGGGCCACAACACCCACAACCACCGUCGCAUGCGCACGCGCUGCCAGUACAUUAUGAGCAACACGCGCUUCCGCCUUCAGGACCGUACCCGCCGUUCCAGCCGGCGGGCUAUCAACAUGGCGCAAGUCCGCGAUUUAUGAACGCGCCCCCUCCCCCGCUUCAGGACCACGCGCAACAAUAUCACGCUUCCCCUCCUCAGACGGUGCAACGCCCGAUCCAACAGCUCCCUCUCCCACCGCCUGCACCGCUGAUACUUGCGGCACCACAACCGCUGCCACGGCAUGCGGAACAGCCGCCCUUGCUGCAUAAGCAAGAGAGUCAGGAUGGUGAUGACACUCCAUUGUCUAACCACGGCCAGUUCCAGGGCUUGAAGCUCAUACCAAGCCCGCCAGACUUGGACGAUUGGAGGCAGAGGUUGUUUCAUGUAGACGACAUGAUUACCUUGACUGAGGAGCAGUUUCAGACCUACUUCCCUCAUAUCGACAACGUCUACUCGCAUCGCUCGACCCAGCGGCACAAACGGAAGCGCUUCGUAUCACACUAUUGGGACUGCCGACUCAAGGGGCGACCACCAGGCACCAAGAAGUCCACAGAUCCAGACAAGAAGAAGAGGAAGAGGAUUGCGAGAGAGCGGGAUCUCUGCGAUGUCAAGAUCAAGAUUACCGAGUUCUUCGAUCGACGGGAAUAUGAGGAACAACUCGGUCGACGACCCCCAGGCACAGAAAACGAGCCGCCGAGCCCAAUAGCAUCGAACAUGCCGAUAAACCCGGGUCGAGGUGGAGGCCAGAGUCAGAACCCGCAGUUCUUCGGGCAACCACCUCUGCUGCCGCAACAGCCGGCUGGGGGUUGGGAUAUGCCUCCAAACAUCGGUGCUCAGUCGGGAAUGAAUAUGCAAGAGUACGCAUCAUCAUCCGGUCCUUCGUCGAAGAAAUUCUAUACUUUCCAGAGAGUCAAUGGAAAUGGUGGGAAUGGCAAAGGCGAUGGCGUUGCCGGACCACAUAAGCAUACACUCGAGGAAAGUGACCGUGUGAAGAAGAACAGUGUCAUCAGAUGGCAGGCAAAGAUCGACAAAGACGACAGGAGGAAAUCACAGGGCGGAGAUCCUUCCAAGAAGACGUACCAUAAGAAAGCCACUGGCAACGCUUUGACGACAGUCAAGAACCACUCGAAAGAGGACGAUCUCAAGUUGUAUGGUAGCGCAUUCUGUCCCUUUGUGCAACGAGUGUGGAUAUCACUAGAGCACAAGCAAAUACCCUACCAAUACAUCGAAGUCGAUCCCUAUAAGAAGCCUCAAAGCCUUCUCGACGUGAACCCACGCGGUCUAGUACCCGCUAUCCGACACGGUCCAACAUGGUCAACCCACGAGUCAACCGUCAUCAUGGAAUACCUUGAAGACCUCCAAGCCGGACCACAUCUGCUACCACCAGAUGCACAAACCCGCGCUACCUCACGCCUCUGGUCUGACCACAUCAACCGCAACAUCAUCCCAUGCUUCUACAAGCUGCUCCAAGUCCAAGACGCAAAUGACCAGGUCUCCCACGCAAAAGAACUCCGCGAUCAAAUCGGCAAGCUGGUCGAUGCCGCAGAUGCCAACGGUCCUUUCUUCCUCGGUCCCCAAAUCUCUUUUGUAGACGUACAGAUUGCGCCUUGGGUGAUCCGGUUGCGCAAAGUGCUGGGUCCAUAUAGGGGCUGGCCCGAGGCUGAGGAGGGAAGUAGGUGGAAAAGGUGGAUUGAUGCGAUCGAGGCGGAUCGGAGUGUCAAGAUGACUACCAGCACCGAUGAGCUUUAUCUGGAUAGCUAUGAGCGGUACGCGGAGAACAGGCCGGGUACGAGUCAGCUUGCGGAUGCUGUUAAUAGUGGGAGGGGCUUGCCUUGA